AUGAAAAAAAAUAGCAUUUUAUCAGUGCCUAUCAAGUAUUAAAAUUAGAUAUAUUAAGUGGAAAUAUUUGCGUUUGAUACCCCUUUGUAAAUAGCGUAUAGAUUCUGCACUUAGCAGAAUUUGGAAUUCAAUUUUAUAUCGCCACUUUCAAAAUAAAUAAUAUCCUUUGUCUCAAUGCUAUUGGAUUCUGCUAGUGUAGACAACACCACCAAGGCGCAAAUAAGACUGCACUUUGAUAAAUUCAUAAACAAUGCGAGUAUUAGGGAGAGUAUCAAAAUUGUGGACACCUCCAUUUAAAUUCGAAAUGAUUGCAUCCAAAUUACGAAGCAGCAAGAUUCUACACGGAAUAAGGAUGAGAACUUCAAUUUCUCAUUUGACAAAGACAAUAAUGAAGACAACACAUCAAACCUCCAAGAUUAAUUCUAAUUUUCAUUUAAAAACAAAUUAUAGGAAAUGUUGAAUCCAGAGAAAAAUCAACCCUCCUCUAGAGGCAGCAGUCGCAUAGAUCAUUACGUUAAGAAUAAUUCAGUCCAUCAGAUUGAGAAUCUUCAAAAAUAGGAGAAGUUGAAUUAGAAAAUAAUGAACCGAUUGAAAAACAAAUCACCUAGUAAAUCACCUAACAAACGAGUUGGCAUUCCGUAUUAAGACUAUAUGAAAAGACCAAGUGUCCAAAUAGAUAACUCUAAGGAUAGUUUCCAUUCAAAUCAUGGCCUCAGAAACAGGCCAAGUCAAUUCAUUUCUGCCCAAUAGAGUCCCAUCUAUACUCCAGAAAAACAAGAGCAAAACACUCUUCAAACCUUACCAAAAGGUAGAAUAAGCAUGGAAAAAUCAAAGCAAUAUAAUUCGAGAAAUAUCUCUCCACAGGAAAUCAGUUUCUCUUAGUAACAGAUAGAUUAGAGCAUACAAUCAUCGAUGGUUAGCAAUGGAACACUAUGUAAUAGUCGGAUUGAGCAUCAAUCUAAGUAGGACAGAAUGAAGAGUUUCAAGGAUUUGAUGAAUAAAUUGUAAUGCAUUUCGACUCCUCAGAAGAGUUAGAGAAAUUAUGAAAUUUAUAUCAAACAACAAAACAAUACAUAAGCAAAAAUAGAAUAAAAAAUAAAUGAGAUAUUUGCUGUGCUUGAUACGAACAAGGAUGGUUAUAUUGAUCAUGAAGUCAAUUUACAAUAGUUAAAAUAACAAAUUAUCGAUUUGUUCGAGCCGGUUUGGUUUCAAGUUCUGUGGAAGAAGAUUAAGAUCAAUAAGAGACAAUUUCAAGACAUGAUGCAAAAAAGAAUUAAGGAUCUUGAUUAAUAAGAUAUUGGAAAAUUUAUAUUUAAUGGAAUUAAAAAGUGA